AUGAUGCAGAACUCGGUCCAAAAUCCGGAAGUACUGCUAAGCAUAGCACCAUGGGAUCUCCCUGUAUCAUUCCUCGAGAGUCUACCAACAAUCAGUCCCGGCAUCCGGGUAAUCACCUAUAAAAGGGACAUGCAGGACACCGAGAUGCCCCCAGAUAUAUCGCAGGAGACCUGGAACUCGAUCACAAUUCUUCUCACGUGGAACUAUGUCCCAACAAAAGAACAAGUCCCUAAUCUGCGAUACGUACAACUUCACACCGCCGGUUGCAACCACAUCGCAGACACAACCCUCUUCAAAGACAGCGAUGUAUCAUUCUGUACGGCGAACGGUGUACACCCUCCACAAAUCGCCGAAUGGGUCAUUGCUACUUUCCUCGGUUUCCAACAUCAUUUGUUCGAGCACUGGGACAACCAAAAGCGCGAAACAUGGGCUCUACCUGAGUCAGACGAAGACACGGAGGAUGCUGUCGGUUUACGAAUGGGCGUUCUUGGAUACGGGUGCACUGGGCGUCAGUGCGCACGCUUAGCGAAUGCGCUUGGAAUGGACGUUCAUGCUUUUACGCUACACGAACGACCAACUCUAGAGUCUAAGCGUGAUUACUCGUACGUUGAGGCGGGAUUGGGUGAUCCCAACGGCGACAUUCCAUCCCGAUGGUACCAUGGCUGCGAUCAGCUAAAUGAGUUCCUUGCCGGUCUUGAUCUACUGGUUAUUACUCUACCCCUUACCUCGCUAACCCGGGGCAUGAUCGCUCGCGAACAGUUCCAAGCUCUCGGGAAGCGCAACGCCUUCGUCAGCAACGUUGGACGGGGUCCAAUCGUAAAUACCGAUGAUCUCGUCGUUGCUUUGAAUAACGGGACAAUCAGAGGAGCUGCGGUUGAUGUCACGGAUCCUGAACCAUUGCCUGCGGGACAUCCACUGUGGAAGGCGAGGAAUGUCGUUAUUACACCCCAUGUUGGAGGAAACUCGACUCACUACAAUGAGCGAGUCCUCAAGGUUUUAGCUCGCAAUCUUAAGAAUAUUGCGGACGGGAAGGGGCUUAUUAACAGGAUCAAUAAAUCGCUAGGCUACUAG